AUCAUAGAAGUGGAAUAGGAGGAAUAGAGAUAAAAAUGUCGGAACUGGAUGUGUCCGAAAAUGUAUUCUCCGAGAAGAGAUACUUCCUGAACCAUUUAGAUUCGUACCAUGGCGAGUACUUGCUGAAGGCAGUGGCGAAGGCGGCGGCGGCGGCGGCGCUUCGCGACAAGGAGGCUGCGGGGGCGGGGGCCGAGGCGCUGGGGCCGGAAGAUGAGCCAUUUGAGCCCCCGCCGCCGGACCAACCGACUGAAAUUAUUGGCACUGUAUCGGACCAAGCUAUCGAAGUGCUCCCCGGCGUAACAAGGAUCAUACCGCGAGACGUGGCCCUGAGGAGGAUGCUCACGUGUGGACACGUCGUCAUAGACAUCAGCCUGGACCGCGGCGAACUCAAGCUCGCCAUGGAUUACAUGGCUCUUCUAAAGACGUUGUUGGAGAAGCAAGCAGCUGCGAUUGAAGACGUGCCAUCAGACGCGGGCGACACGACCGCACCUCCGGCUGAGAGGAGGUACCUCAUCCUCGUGUCUACAGUCAUGACUUGGGCCUCUACUAAGCCUCUAGAUCCCGACUCUCCGGACUUGCCUUUCGUAGAGACGGACUUCCGCAAAAGGAAACCGCAUCCGAACUACAAAAUGCACUACGACACUGAAAAUGCUGUAAUAGAGUUGGCAAGGCAGCAUAAGAAGCAAAUCGGGGCUAUAGUUCUAACCGCGGGAAUGACCUACGGAGGCAAGGAAGACGCUCUGUUCUACUGGUUCCAGAAGGCGUGGGAGUGUGAACCGGUCCUACCGAUCCUGGGACGAGGGAACAACGUUAUUCCCAUUAUCAACAUUCAGGAAUUGGCACAAAUAAUAAACCAUUUGCUGACCGACUUCCCAAAGAAGCUCUACAUAUUGGCAGUUGAACAAAACGAGACGCGGCAAAAGGAGAUAGUAAAGAGUUUGGCAAAAUCGCUUGGUACGGGAUUGUUUAAAUGCAUUCCUCCGGAAGAUGAUUUCCUGAUACCGGAAAUUGAUCAAAGAAUCUACGAUCUUAUUACGUUGAAUCUUCUUAUGGAGCCGGUGUUUAUUGCGGAGACUGUGGGCAUCUCAUCUGAUGCAACAUUCGCCGAGAAUCUCCCUGCUCUUAUAAAGGAAUUCAAGAAACUACGUGGACUGAAGCCAUUUAAAGUGGUAAUCCACGGCCCGCCACUGGUGGGCAAGACCACACUGGCCAGGAGGGUCUGUGAGUCGUACGGCCUGGUCUACGUGUCUCCGGAGACGGUGGUGCAAGACUUGAUUGACGAUUUGGUCGGUGUUCCUUUCAUUACUUACUUAGUUUUGGAUUAUUUCUCGCAAUUAAGACUUGACCAGAGUUCUCCGUCCCAUAGCACCCCUGCACAGACUUUCCGCGUGGCCCACUGGGAGCGCGCGGAGACGGACGCGGCGGCGGCGGCGGGCGAGGAUGACGUUGAUGACUCCGCAGAUGACAUCGAGGACGAGGAUGAGCGGGCGGAGGCGCGGCGCACGCUGCAAGUGCUGGAGGCCACGAAGGAUAUGCUCGAUGAGGACGCCAUUCUUGAAUAUUUACGUCAAAUGUUACUGAGUAGAGAUGCUCAGAACAGGGGAUGGGUGCUGGAUGGCUUCCCCAAUAAUUUGGAACAGUGCGCAAUCUUGUUUGAAAAGGGCGAUGACGAAGAUGAUGAUAAUGAAGAAGAACAGAAAGAAGAUGAGUUUGAGGAAGACUUAAAUUUGUAUGACAAUGUGCUGAAAAGACUUCUACCAGAUAUUGUAGUAACGUUAGAAGCGACUGAUCAAUUCAUUUACGAUAAAGCAAUGAAGCAGCCUGAGGGCGACCCCCGUUUUGAAGAAGAAACGGUUGUACUGAGAGUGAAAGAAUAUAGAGCGGGGGAAACUACUGAAGCUACCCCCUUAAACUUCUUUGAUGAGCUGGACAUUCAUCCUUUAGUUGUGAAGGUUGAUAAUUGUGCAGAUUAUGGUAUGGAGAAUGCGUAUAAAGAAGUGGCAUUAAGGAUGGGCAGCCCGUGUCGGUAUAAGAAACUUUUGGAUCUAAUAGAAGCUGCUGAAAAUAAAGCUAACUAUGAGUUUGAAAUGGAUAGAUUGUACAACGAUAAACUUAAAAACGAAUUGGAAAUGAAACUACAAAUUGAACGUCAAGAGAAAAUGGAAUACUGGACGGAACUGUAUGCGACCCUCAGAGAUGAGGAAGAGGCGGCGACGGCGGCGGCGGGAGAGCCGAUGCGGAACUAUCUGAUGAGCUACAUCUUCCCGGUCCUGACGCCAGCGCUACUGGAAGUGGCCAAGGUGCGACCGACCGACCCGGUGGACUUCUUGGCUGAAUAUCUGUUCAAAUUGAAUCCAUCUGGCAAAAUGCUGGAACCAGGUUUCAACUUCCAAGCCGAGAUGCUGAUGGGAAAGAUCAAACUUCUGGACGACACUCUCCAGAAUUUGCAGAUUAAGAUCGAUCCAUUCUUGCCAGAAGAAGUGCAAUAUAGGCCUUCUUCUUCUGGAGACAAGAAAUAGUUUUAUUUCAUUAAAAUAUUCAAAAUUAA